AUGACGGAUCAUAUGCCUGUUUCGCGAGACUUCCCGCCGUUCCCAAGUCCGGACGAAAUCAAGAAGCUCUAUCCCUCCAACCUCGAGCUAUUGCAGGUCCAGGUUCUGUUUCGCCAUGGUGAACGGACGCCUGUGCGCGCACGCUUCCAGACAUGGGGUCUGCAGCCCUUCUGGCCGUUCUGCAAGAUCGCAGAGCGCUUCACGCAGACAAUCGUGAGCUUCCCGAACGAGGCCGCCACGCCGUUCGAGUACGUCCGCAGACUCGAGUCCGUCGCGCGCGAGCUGCCAAAGAACGUCCCCGUGCCGGCAUCCGGCUUCAAGCCCGGCGAGCACGACGGCCUGUGUAUGCUCGGCGAACUGACUGAUCUCGGACGCCUGACCGGGUUCAAGCUCGGCGAGAAGCUGCGGAGGCUGUACGUUGACGAGCUCAAGUUCCUGCCGCAGAUGUUUGCCGACCACUCUGAUUUCUACUUUCGGUCGUCGCACGUCGCGCGGUCGAACGAGACCCUGCUCUCGCUCUUCCAGGCUCUUUAUCCGACCACCUACCGCGCGCCCGGUCUCAAGCCCGUGAUCUACACGCGCCUGUUUCCCCAGGAAAACGCGUACCCGAACGACGAGAACUGCAAACGGCUGUCCGAGCUCGGUUUUAUGUUUGCCGAAAUCGUCGCUCAUAAAUGGAACCCCGUCCUCGCCGGCCGCACCUCGGAUCUCCUCCGCGACGUCCUCCCCAACGGCGUCGCCAUCGACGGCUCCCCCGCGCGUCCGGCAUCUUCGACACCGUCGCCGCCUGCGUGGCUCACGACGUCGCACUCCCGGACGGCUUCAAAGACGACCAGCGCCGUGAUCGAGGAAUGGUACCUCGGCGUGCAAAAGUCAAAGGAGUACCGCACGCUGGCUGUCGGUGCUCUCGCGGGCGACUUCUUGCACCGCAUCAAGCUCGCUGUCGCUGGCGACCAGAAAGCACACGGUAUCAACUCCGGCUCGCUUGUCGAUCUUUUCAAGGGCUCGUCGUCGGCGCCGAAAGAGCAGCCGGUUAAAUUAGCCCUCUACGGUUCUCACGAUACAACUAUCGCCUCGCUUCUCUGCGCCCUCGACGCUUUCGACAACAAAUGGCCCCCUUUCACAUCCGACCUCACCUUUGAACUUUUCGCCAAACCCUCCCCCUCCUCCCCCUCCUCCUCCCCCUCCAGCUCACCCAAAAACCCGCGCGACUACUACGUCCGCCUAUCCUACAACGACGAAAUCCUCCACCUCCCCGCCUGCGCCUCCCCCGGCACAAACCUCGACGGCGACUCCUCGUUCUGCGCGCUCGCCGCGUUCUCCGCCGCCGUCGACGAGUUCGUCCCUCAAAACUGGGAACUCGGAUGCCGCUCGAAUCUGAAUAAGACGAUCGUUGACGCGCCGGAGAUGGAUGCUGCGUUUAAGGCUAUUCCGCGGGUCGAGGGGGCUGCGAUGCAGAAGCAGCAGGCGUAG